UUUUGGUCUCCCGGUGUGACGUCAUAAGGCCGCGCCACACUCCUGCAUUUGUUGUGAUUCGGCUGAAUAAAGAAAAACUCCUGGUGAAGCAACAGAUCCUCGUGACACACUUUUAUAAAGAUGGCGAUUAUUAAAGAAGAGAGUGAAGAUGUGAAGAUAGAAGACACAUUCAGAGUGAAACAUGAAGAAACUGAGGAACAAAUAAAGACAACGUUUAUUAAAGAGGAGAGUGAAGACCUGAGGAUUGAAGAAACAUUCAGAGUCAAACAUGAAGAAACUGAGGAACAAACAGACCUGAUGCCAUUAAAAGAAGAGAGUCAAGAUCUUAAUCAAAUGGAAGAGAAAGAUCAGUACAAGACACUUCAUUAUGCCAUAACUGAAGAAAACUCUUUUAGUUGCUCAGAGACUGAAAAAACUUCCUCACAAAAAAGGGCUCAAAAGAGAGGGACUAUAGGUAAUUUCACCUGCCAACUGUGUGGACUAAGAUUCAAUAAGCAUGGAAACCUUGAAGUACACAUGAGAGUUCACACGGGAAGGAAGUUUUACCCCUGCCAACACUGUGGAGUAAUUUUCAAUCAACAAGGAAACCUUAAAGUCCAUAUGAGAAUUCACACUGGAGAGAAGCCUUACACAUGCCAAGAGUGUGGAAAGAGAUUCAGUACACAAGGAAACCUUAAAGUCCACAUGAGAGUUCACACUGGAGAGAGUCCUUUCGCAUGCCAACAGUGUGGACUACGUUUCACUCAGAAAGGAAACCUUAAAAAACACAUAAACGUUCACUCCGGGAAAAAGCCUUUCUCAUGCCAACAGUGUGGAAAGAGUUUCAAUCAAGAUGGAAACCUUAAAGUCCACAUGAGAAGAAUUCAUUCUGGAGAGAAGUAGAAUAAAUAAAACACUGACCACCUAACAACUUCAUGAUACAUCAAAUUAUAUACCAGGGCUGGGCAAACUCGGUCCUGGAGGGCCGCUGUCCCUGCAGAGUUUUGCUCCAACCCUAAUCAAACACACCUGAACCAGCUAAUCAAGGUCUUCAGGAUUACAUGCAGGUGAGUUUUAUCAGGGUUGCAGCUAAACUCUGCAGGGACAGCGGCCCUCCAGGACCGAGUUUGCCCAGCCCUGUUAUAUACUGAUCAUUUAAUAAUGGUUUGUUCAUGAUUAACCAUUGUUUAUUAAGAUGAUGCUAAAAAAAUUGACAUAUCAAGUAAUUAAUAAUAUAUCAACUGAUAACUUAUCAACCAUCUACUAUUGAUCUGUUUGAUCUAUUUCAUGAUUUACUAUUUAAGAUAACUUGCAUCACUUUUGUAAAUCAUUGGCAUACAACUUAUUAAUCAUUUCUGACUGUAUAGUCAUGUUUUGUAAACAUUUAAUUCAUCAUUAACGAAUAACUUAUAACUGAAUUAACAAAAUAUUCAUAAAAAGUUAGCAUACCACUUAUUAAUCAUUUAGGAAUGUGUAGUCAUGUUUUGUAAAUAGUUAAUCAUUAACAAAUAACUUAUAAAUUACUUACAAUGGAACAUUAUCAUAAAGUGUUUCAUAAUAUAAUAGAAUAACUACAGCAUAACAUGCCCAAAUAAUAAAUAUUGUUGUACAAUAUUAAUUAUAAAGUUAAUAUAAUAACAAUAAUAGUGGUAAUGAAUGCAUUGUGUACUGCAAAGUGCACAAAAUGGAACAAUUCAAAACUGUCCAUCAUAUCAACAGGUUUGUAUCCACAAAUCCACAGCACCCAUUUUCUUACUUGUGUCCAGCACACAUUGUGGUUUUAUUUUCUCAUCCCCAAUGUGGUCUAUCUUUCCAUAGGCUGAUAUCUCUGCUGAGUGGAAUGUUUUCAGCAUGUGGGCAUUGCGCUCGUCAUGCCACUCCACUGCCAGCAUUUCCAUGCAACUUUUGUGUGAAAGUCUUUGUUGGAGGUCAUCUAGCAUAGUCUCAGCCUUCUCCCUGAGCAAGGUGAACUCCUUCUCUUUGCAGUUCCCAGUCAUUGUACAUGCACUCUUUGUUGGUUUGGUCACAACAGAUUUCUGCCAUCAAUGUUUCCAGAUCAGGGUUGUUGAGCUACAAAGCCCAAGUUCUCAUGCAAUUUACACAAGCAAGUUUCCAUAUCAAGUGUUGGGUGCACUACCCAGUAGGGCCGAAGUCUGCAAAACAGAGAACAGGAAACUGCUUUCCUUGGAUUCUCUGCCAAGUAUUUUUUGUGCAGGUUCUUCAUGGUGUCUACAUGACACCCUCUUUUGCAUCCUGACCUUGGCUUGUGUUAUGGUCUGCUUUUUCCCCUGUCACACGUCGUCUUUGGUGUAAAAGGCUCUUAAAUUGUUUUUGAAUGCCUCUUCCAUGCGGACACAUUUCUUUCUUGAGAAAGAGUAUGGAUUCCCUCCUACUGACUUCCAUCGCCUUCGGGUGAAGCCAAGGGUAAUUAGGGCAUAUUUCUAUACAAUGUUCUCUGUCACCAGGUUACUGAUCAGUCUUCGUUCCUGACUAUUACCUGCUUGUUGAAUGCGAUGAUGUUGGUCUCCAAUCAAUGCCUCAUGGUACAGGGCUAUCCUUGCACUUGGAGUGUUUCUUGGCCUUGCAUAUCUCGCUUUUAUUGCUGGAGACCUUGAUCUCAUCAGCACACAUCAGUUGGAACCUUUUUUUAUAUUGCUCUUUUUAAUCUUUUUUUCAGCUGCUAAGGCCUCUUGUAGCUCUUUCACUUUGUCCUGGAGCUUCUUCCUCUCUUUCUUGGAACACUUUCGCCCCUCUCUCUUUUGCCUUCAACAUACAUCACACAUACUGUCACACAACCAUUUAAUAGUCAAUAAAAGGUUACACUACUCUAUUCAGUUACUACGUAGUUCUAUGGAAACAUAACUUUAUAUAAUAUGAAGUACAUUUUACUAUGAUACAGCAAAUGUAAUCAGUAGACAUUUAACUGAAAGGGUUGGUUCACCCAAAAAAGAAAGUUCUGUCAUUAAGCACUCACCCUCAUGUCAUCCCAAACCUUUGUCUGUCUUCGGAACACAAAUUAAGAUAUUUUUGAUGAAACCUGAUUCACACAUAGGUAACAAGAAUUUGUUGAAUUAAGUCAUUAUUUUUGUUUUGUUUUUGUGCACAUUUUCUCAUCGCUUCAUAAUAGUAAGGUUGAACCACUGUAGUCACGUCGCCAGUUUUAACAUUGUCUUUAGUACCUUUCUGGACCUCAA